AUGCUCGUGGUCUACCUGCUGGCGGCGGCAGCAACGUUCUCGCUUAGCCAUGCGAGAUCUGAGGGCUGGAAUGCGACGUGGACGAAGUAUCAGAAGACGAAACCGGCUGGGUUGAUUCUCGUGGCUGUGAAUAUGUACGUUGAAUCAAUCGACAGGAUCGACAGCCUAGAGGGCCUGAUCCAGAUGACUGUCAUCUUCCGUCAGGAAUGGUCGGACCAGAGCCUACAUCAUCAUGUACCGACCCAUUACGUCCCUCAGUACGAGAUCGUGGAUCGGCACGAUAUCUGGGUCCCGGACACGUAUUUCGUCAAUGAAUUCGACUCCUACGCGCACUCGAUACUCGAGGAUAAUAGUCUGGUACGCGUGGAUUCGUACGGGAAGAUUCUGUACAGCAGAAAAAUAUCGCUGACCCUCAGAUGCCCCAUGGAGCUCUCGGGUUUCCCCUUCGACACCCAGGUCUGUAAGCUUCGCAUUGGCAGCUUCAGCCACAUCCGGGACUCAAUCGACUAUCGCUGGAACAGUACUCAGGCUGUCGAAGUGAAUCAAGAUAUUCCGAUUCCCGAGUUUGAGCUCCGUGAGCACGAAACGAAUCAGUGCCACGCCCGCACUCCGACUGGAGAAUAUUCGUGCAUCCAGGUGGAAUUCACACUCAAGAGACUCUGGAGACACUAUUUGCUCAAGGUAUUCGUACCUCUGACAAUGCUGGUGGUUCUCGCUUGGCUCUCGUUUUGGCUCCGUCAAUCGAGCGUGCGUAUCACCAUUCUCAUGUUUGUGCUCUCUCUGGCCGUCAUCGGAGUAGGAUCAUUGAACAACACAUUGCCUCACACGAACUACGCCAAGAUGAUCGACGUAUACAGCGGAGUCGCACUUUCGUUCAUUUUCGCCGCCAUCGUCGAAUUCGUGAUCGUGUCGAGACGGGUGCCCGAUGAUCUGGAAAAAGACGACAUCGAAGACAAAAUCGACGUGACGGCUCGCGUCGUUUAUCCACUCUGCUUCGUGGGCUUCCUUCUGGUUUACUCUUUGAGCGCGUUGCUGCGAUAGGACAUUGCGACAACCGCUUGAUGAUGAAUUUGUUGACAAUGAGAUCAGACGGGUGGAGCGGAACUCUUACGGGCCGUAUGUCCCGACAUCGCGUCUGAUCAGGAAUUAUGAAAAUUUAUUCACAAUUUCCGCGUGCGGUUCGUUGCCUUCCAAGGUGUCGUGAGGCCAGUAUUAAAGUUGA